UUGCUUUCUGCGGUCCUGGGAGCAAAAUGGCGUUUGUCGCUUCUCUCAAAGUGAAAAGGUGUCACGUGAUUCCCUGUGUUGUGUUUUGCCUUCUCUUAAGUCUGAUCGAAGUUGUGUCCUUUGUCUCGCUCGCAGAAAUUCUCUCAUUCAUCCAGCUCGUUUUGCUCUCGGACUCUGUUUGUCUGGCAAGACCUUUCCCCUCUCAUCCGAUUGGGCCGCAUCCGUUAAAAUGCCACAAGGCUCGCUUUGGAUCGCACCGGCCCGAGUUGGCCCGGCCAACCCGACCUCUGGACAACAGAGUGGCAGAAUGGUGAAGGGCUUUCCACCCAGUGACGGACGGACGGACGGACGGACGGAGGCCUCUCUGUCAAUUUGCCUUCCAAAAGGACGACUCUUCGGUGGUUGGGGCCACUGCCGCGGCAAUUUAGGCCGGCGCGGUCCUCGGCCAGCCUUCCAGCGCAAACGGAUGCGGUCGUCUCGAAUGUCCCAGUGCGGUUGUGAGCUGCUCUUUCUCAUUUCAACCCGGGGGUGAGUUGUUGUUGUCACGGAAAUGAGUUGCGUGUUCGUCUUUCAUACUGUUAUUUCAUGUUUCGAAUAUGUUAUUGUAAUGAAAAUGGUAUCACGUUAUGUAUUUGUGUUGUGCUAUAAUAAAAAGGUAUUAAAAAAAAAAAAAAGAACCUUGUUGACGGUGGCCAAGCGGCGGCUCGAAGAGGCGGAUAUCGCCGCGCUCUCACAAAACGUCUUGAUUGAAAAGGAGAUAUUAAAAAAAAAACGAGGAAUCUCCUGCUUACUUUGACCAGAUUUGAAACCACGAACCGCUGACGAUGGCGACGUCAGGUCGAAGCUUCUGCUUAAUUUGGUUUCAGAGUCCUGCUCUCCGAUAGGUGGCGGUAGCGCACCGCUUGCAGCUCUGCGGAAUGUUUGUUGUCCCCCAGACGACGGUACGUAUUGUUGCUUGUUCCGGCGGCGUAGGCGUGGGAAGAGUUGCUUUUGGAAGGUUAUAAUUAUUAAUUAUAGUUGUGCUAUUGAUGGCUCCCCCUCAAGUGCCGGCAUGUUUGUCACAUGGACCCAAGGGUGAAGUUUUUACUCGCGAAAGCCAGUGGGAAAAGUCGAGCCAACUGAAUGCGUGUCCAACAGAUUUGAAUUUGCAAAUAGAACGCUCCAAGUGAAACCAAAAAAUGGAUACAGAUUUGAGAUUCCACUGAGCAAUUUAAGAAAUGGAGCCACAAGGAUUCAUUCCAGCCCGCGGCGUUGGCCGCGGAUCGCAAACGGCCACGGAAUGUCAAUGUGAAGAAGUUUGCCGUCUUUUCAGCUCCGGUCAAUUGAAGAAACGGACGUCAACCGAAAAGGAGUCGCAGGUCGUUGCCCUGAACCGGAGCAACAAAUAUUGAUUCUGUGACCUCCCGCUUACCUUUGGCCCGCAGCGGAGCGACGACGACCAGAGACCACGUGAUCGCGCGACCUCAAAAAGCGCAGGGCUCACCGCGGGCCGAGUUGACGAGCGACGGUGACGACAUGAAGUGGCUGCUGGUGUUUGCCAGCGUGACGACGUGCGUUUCAGCUCGUCCGUCUCAACGGCCGAGCGGAGACGUGGAGGCGCCGGGGCCGCCCGGGCAAAAUAUGUCGCGCUGGGCGUCUUGCGACAACGUCAACCGGACGCUGGCUGACUCGGCGCGCUCUCCUGAAAGCCGUUCUUCCCGGUCCAGGUCACGGCAGACGGCGAACCGCAGCUCCGAGGCGACACCGGAGCCGACGUCGAGCGCCCCCUCGGUCACCCUCAACUUGACCUCUGAGGACAGCGCCGCCUUUCCCGGUUUGUCCUCGCGGGAGUCCGACCCGCCGGCGGCCGGCGUCGUCUUUUCUUCCGCGAGAUGCCUCCUGGCCACCUGUUCCAUCGCGGACCUCGGCUCCAAGCUUCAAGCCGGGGAGGAGACGGCCGGCGCCUCCGCGCGGGACUCGGGCGGAUUUGGGAAAAAAUGAGAGCCUCCUCGCCGCUUUCCCGGCGCCGUUCUGUAUCGCGGGCGAGGUCGCCGCGCUCAUCCGUUUCUCGUCGCCCGAAAGGCGCCUCCGGCACGGCCUCGGCGCGCGCUUGCUUUCGGCUGGCGGCGGAGGACGAAAUACGCAACGAUAGUUGGCCAUUAAAAGGCGUUUGAGAAACA